GAAUAUAUUUGUUAGUAUGUUACAAAGGAUUUCAUAUUCCUAGUAUGACCAGAUUAGCGAGGAGAAAUUAGCCAAUUUCAGUGACUAUCGAUAUUUUUUUUUUUGCAAAAGAGAUUAUCGAUAUUUUAUACUAUAUCACUUUUGGGAAUGAAAGACUUAUAUUUAGGGUAGUAUAUAACUAUAUACUGAAUAAUCCCACAAAAAAAAACACAAAACUAACUUUGUUAAUAUACUCAAAGAAAAAAUACAGUUGAGUUUUUAUGGGAGUUGGCUUUGAUGUUUUUUUUUUAAUUUUUGGUUUAGUAUUGACGGCUAUGUUGUAUUAUAAGUUUAAUGAAGACAUAAUAUAAGUUAUUAACUCUUAUUAUUGAUUAAUUUAAAUGAUUAAUUUUGUAUUAUUUAAUUUAUUAAAAUAAAAAGUAAUUUAUCUAUUAAAACUAAUUGGUUUUAUAAGAAUAUAUUACUGUAAUUUUAAAAUCAGAAUUCUUACAAUUAUAUUUACCAUGUUCCAUUUGUUCUCGUCUUAUUUUAAAACUUUUAAUAUAUUUGUUUGAUAUGAGAAAGUACUAUGGAUAGGGAUAAAGACGAACCAACUGAACUGAAACGAUCCAAACCAAAAUAUAUGUUUCAUUUGGUUGAAGAUUUUAUACCAAACCGAACCAAAAGUGAGUUGUUUAUUAAUUAUAUUUAUUAUAUUUAAUUUUCUAACCUAAACAAUUAAACAUAAAUUUAUAUAUUUUAUUUCUAAAUAAAUGAAAACACAACUAAUUAUAAAAUUAGAAACAAAAAUCUUAGACAUUACCAUCAAAACCAAUUUUAUUAUUAGUUAAUGUCAAAUGUUGAUUUAUUUAUAUUUUAUACAUGUUCUGUAAUCCAAUUAAAACAAAACCAAAAUUAAUUCGAUUAAAUUUUUGAAACACAAACUAAAUUAAACUAAAUUGAAUCGAAUACCAAUCAAACUAAAAUCAAACUUAACCAAACUGAAUAAAAAUUAAACCAAACCAAUUAUGGUUGAUUUUAAUUAAAAACAUUUUACAUUCAAACACACUAAACCGAAUCCAAAUUUAAACUGAAAUGUUAUCCUUAAUUAUAAAGAUAGACUUUUUAGAAGAAAAAAAUUUGUUUCACAAAGAUAUAUUUUUUGUGUGUUUCUAUGAGAAAGGUAAACUUCAAAAAUAUUAAUUGAUUUUAUUUAAUUAUUAUUGGUUAAAAAUUAUUAAAAAUUACAGAAAAUAAUAUGUUUAUCAUAUAAAUUUAAUGUGUUUUUUAAUAUGUGUGAAAAUAUUAAAAAGUCUAUUUUGUGGAACGGAGGAAGUACUCUACUAAUCAUAAUUGUCAUGUACACCGCAGUUUUUGCUAAAUAAACAUAAAUUAUUAUUGAGACAUGUGAAUACGCUUAAUAUUUAAAACUAUAGAUCUUGUGUAAGAAUGAAUAAAUAAUAAAUUACUAAAAAAUAGUUCCCACUAUCUUUACAUUUCCGAUCAAUCUUAGUUCCACCACUUAAUCAAUUAAAUUAAAGGAAGAUAUUAGAAAAUGUUUAUACACGGUUAUUGUGAACACUGGAGGGAGGGAAGAGACGGAGUGUGGGAGGCAUCUUACAGUAGAUCUCCUCAGAAAAUGUUUAUUACGACAUGGUUAUGGUGAACAAUGGAUAAAGGCAGGGGACGGAGUGUGGGAGGCACCUUACAGUAGAUCUUAUACCUUAAUUAUUAUUUUAUUUCUGCUGUUUAGAAAUUAAUAAAAUAGUAUAUAAAACAAUUAAUUCAAUUUGUUAUAUCAUAUACCCACGUUAGCGGUCCCCUUGCUCACAUGAGAAAUCUCAUCGGUAUAUGCGAUCUUCUCGAAUAUUUUUAUUGUAAUAAAAAAUUUAAUGCUCUUUUAUUUUUCUCUCCAACUUUCUGUGUGUUAUUUAACAAAAAAAUAUCUACUGAUAAAAUAUCAGCUUCACCGCCUCAAACGCAAAAUGCUUUGCUUCAGUCACACGCGAACUCGUCAAACUACUCGCGUUGAGAUAAGGCACGUGUACGAUAGAAAAGGCUUGUUUGGACCUUUUUUUUUUGCAGCGUUUGGACUUAGUUUCAUGUUUGAACAAUUUAACGUUUGUCGACAAAAAAGAACAGUAAGCGUUUAGCGAUCCACGUUUCAAGGUCACCUUUAAUAUCAGUAUAUACUACUAAAGUACUAAUUACAGAUUGUUACUGUAAUUGUUUUUUUAUUUGUGCGAUCGACUAGAAUGAGCUUUUCUUUAGGAGACUGAAAAGUUUGCAAAUAAGGAAAUUAUAUUCAUUUUUACAUCAACAAAUGAUGCCAGCACUACUAAGCAAACAAAUAUAUUAAAUGAUGCAAAAUUUUAGUUCUUUGAAAUUUACUUUUAUAUCAUAAAAGAAAAAGAUCCUAAAAUUUACAAUAGAAUAGAAUGCUAUUGAGUUGUUCAUAUUCCCAUGCGACGCGGCACUUGUCAAGUGUACUUAUUUUGAACCAACGAAUUGUUAAUUUAACUAAGAAAAUUAAAGCCAAAAUGAUUAUAACUCUUUCCAUAAUGAAUGAAUAUCGUCAGCGUAUAUUGCCUUUGAUUUAUGGGUCCCUUUACCCACCCUCAGUGUCACACCCCCACUUGAUGAGCAUAUCGACUUUCAUAAAUACGUCCAAUUUGGAUACAUACUCUUUUUUUUUUUAUUCCAGAUAAUGUUAAUUACAGAAAGAACACUUUUUCUAUUAAAUCAUAUAGCCAGAAAAACAAUCAUAAAUCAUAUACUAUUUUUCUGGAGUAGCCCAUUGGGCUUCUACGCCCAAUUUUCCAGAUAAACCUGAGGAUCAAAGUGUAACUAAAUGGACCACGGGAUCUGUAACUAGCCCACUCGUGUUUCUCAUUUUUCCGUAUAUGAAGUAAGCACGUCUUGUUUUUUUCUUUUCAAACUAAGUGGGACUUAUUUUUUUUUGAUCAAACUAAGUGGGACUUAUUGAAUCAAAGAUUUGAGAUAAUCCAAAACUUGAGUAAAUCCAAAAAAAAAUCCAAACUUGAGUAAAUCCUAAAAAAAAUUAUUAGAAGUUUAAAGGUUUUUUGAAAAAAAAUCAGAGUGUUUUGAAACUUUUUUAAAUUUUUUUUGGAUAUUUAUUUACUAUAAUUUGAUAUUUUAUCAUUUUAUGAAAUAUAUAAAAAGUUUUUAAAAUCGAUUUUUAAAACAUAUAUUUUUCAUUUCAAAUAGUUUGAUUUUUUUUUUAAAAAAAAUUGUGAUGUAAAUUUUUUUAUUUUUUUAAAAAAGUUUCAUAAUAUCAUUCAAAUCCAGCAAAUAUCAUUUGAUAGAUUUUAUUGACAAAUUUAUAUUUUUCAACAAACUUGAAUUUAAGAGAACUUAUACAAAUGUCUUAUCCAGUCAGCUUGAGUUUCAUAUAGAAUUUAUAAAUGUUAGAUGGAGGGGAUUUAGAAAAAAUGAAAUCCUCUUAAAUCCUUGAUCCAAUAAGCUUGGAUUUCAUUGGAACUAAGUUUGAUUUUCUGUAUACAUCAUUUGUGUUGUUUCAUGUAGCAUCAAAUAUCUGUACGCAUAUACUUGUCUAAUCCCUUCGAUUUCUUUUAUAAGUUUGAUUUUUGUUAUUCAACUGUGAAAUAAGUGCAAUGAACAUGUUAAAAUGAUAAAAAGUGAAGUGAAUUAAACUUGGUUGGAUUUAUUCUAACAUGUUGAAAAAACAAAAGUGAAGUCCACUAAAGACACUUGGUGGUUUAGGAGCCAAACAUCAAGUGUUUACUCUGUGAGUAAAGUGCAUCAAAACAUGAACAAGAUUUUUCCAUCAUAUUAUAAAUUGAUAAGACCAUGACAAUUUUUAUUUUAUUGGUGACUGAAGAUUUUUGAUAGUAACCAAAUCUGUUUUUAUAUUAUCAUAUCAGGAUUUCUUAUUUUUGUUAUUCUAUAAAAAUUUGGGGAAGACCAUCCAGAGUAAGGACCCCAACAGUUUGGAAGAUCUCUUGAGAAAAGGUUUUAGCAUUGGUGUAUCCUAUACGUAUGCUAGUUUAUUAGAAGUAUUUCAAUGGUGUAAGGCCGUCGACUUAUUGAGAAAUUCAUUUUAUUUGAAAAAAACAUUAAAAAUUAUUUAGUUAUUCUUCAAUAAAUUUGUAUUCGUAUUUUAAACAUCUUUUGUGAAAUAAAAUGCAAUAAUAAUUCUUUUAAGUUUUAAAUUUAAUUUUAACUGAUUUUUAUUAUAUGUAGUAAUAUAUAAAAAUUUGUGGAUAUAGUGUUGAAUUUUAUUAAACAAAACUAUUAUAGAUGUUACAAUUAAAAUGAGUAUUGAAUGAUUAGGUUGAUGAAAUAUAAUAUGGUGGAAUGUUAAAAGAAAAAGAGUGUUGAAUAACUGUAGAAAUUAAAGUCGAUCGUCUUUUUGUGCCGUUUGAUUUAGAAAUUAAAGUCAGAUAUUCAGUAAUAUUUCUUAAUACUUUUUACAUUAAUUUGCAUAAUCUGAUGACUGAUUGUUUAAUACAAUAUGCAAUUAUUCGAUGUAUCUUGUGUCAUUAUAAAACUAUUAUAUUAAAACGAAAGUACAGACUAUAUAAUGAUUAUAAUCUAGUUUUUCAUAACCAGAAGAGACAAGAUCUACGGCACUUAAUCAUGAUUAGGGCCACUUGUUUAACAUUAAUUUCAUACAGGUACAAUACAGUCCUGAAUGAUGAAUGCACAGUAGCGUUUGAGUUGUGCCGAAGCCAAGUGGAGGCUUUGUCCAACUUUUCUUUGUCAUUGUCAAAUUAUUUGUGAAAGUUUUCAAAUAAUUAAAUUUUCGCCGUACAAUCACUAAUCAUAGUCUGACGCUAAACACACAUGUAUAUAGGUUUCAAGAAAAAGUACGCAUAUAUGAAACUAACAAAAUCUACCCUAGACAUUGCCAUUGUCAUUGUAGUUUCUUUUUUCAAAUCCGCCGGGUGUUGUCAUUAUAAACUUAAAGAAUUCACAUAUAAGAUCAUCAAGAUAUGACCGUACAAUUUUAGACAUGCAUGUGUGCAUGAGAAUUUAAACCUUAUGCCAGUUCAACAAUUGGUUAAUCAUAUUCAUAUUUAAAUUUCACAGAAUGUAUUUUCAUAUAUAAAAACUAUGGUUUUCAAUGCUAUAUAAAAACAAUUUGUGUAUACGUAAAUUACGGAUCCAUCUGAAUCAGUUGACAUAAAAAGACCAGUUUGGUAUUAUUUCAUAUAAUUUGUAAGCUAUAUGAAUUUAAAAUUUCAGUCUAGUUGGAUUAAGGUUUGAUAAUAUCAUAUAAUAGUUGGCGAUAAUGUAAAUUGUAGAUGAAAAGGAAAGUUUUAGUUAUUUAUAUAAAUAAGAAAACCUAAAAAAAAAAGAAAAAAAAAGAAAGAAAACCUGAUUAGUGUUAAUAAGCAAUAUAAUUUCUCGUAUUGGAUUGACUUUGUGAAAACACUGGCAUACAGUUUAUAAAAUAAUUAAUAGAUUUGAACUAUUUCUUACCCAUUUCUACACUUUUUAAAGAAUCCUAUAUAUUAUUUUGUAUUUCAAUAUAGAGAAAAAUGGUACAUAGUUUCUCUAUUUUAGAGAAAAAUGUAACCCACAAGAGAAGUUAUCUAGUAAGAUGAUAGUAGCAUACGUCGACAUUAUUAGCCUCUCGGACCAAACAAAAGAAAUCAUCUUUGCUUCAACGUAAGCGCAUAUAGUAUUCCCAAGGCGUUGUGUUUGUACGGUGCAUAGGAUAACAAAUCAACAAGGUUUGUUCAAGUGUGAGAACAUGCAGUUGAAGUGAAUUAUGUAACUAUGACUUGGUAUCGUGUAAAAGUCCAUAUAAACUAUCGAUUCUCGUAAUACGAAGAUCGAAUCACGCAUAUGUCUCAAGCUAGAUCGCAGAGUUCUUUCCUUUGUGAUAUAAUAUAUGGCAGAGAGUUCGUUUAGUCUCGCGCAGUAUCUAAAUUUAUAUGUAAAGAACUAUAUAUGCAUCCUUUCCAGUUUUUGAUUACCAAAAAAAAAAAAAAAUUAUCGAGUCCUAAGAUGUGUUUCGGUAUUCGGAAGAAACAUACAAACUUUAGAUAUGAAGAAUUCUUAGGUUUAGAGAAAAGAGAGAACUAUUUAGAUAAUUGCUUAUAAGUUAAUACUACUCUUAGGUUUAGAGAAAAGAGAGAACUACUAAGAGUUAAUAUAGUGGUUAAAACUCUGAAGUUACUUAAUAAGUUAAUAGAUGUGUAAGGAGUCCCAGAUUCAAGUUUCGUUGGAAAAGGUAUGUAUCAUCGCCAAAAUAGAGUGAUUUAAAAUGAUUUGGUUUUUAGUUUUUUACCAAAAAUAAAUAGGUUUAAGUUUGUCCUUGUUUAUUCCAAAUGAUGAAAAUACACUGAAGUAGCCCAAAACAAUAAACACACAAAAUACUUUCAAACACAUUUGUUAUUACAGAAGUACAAAACAUAAUCUUGUACUAAAAGGUUGGGUACCUGAAAGUUAACUUUGCCUUUCUGAUUUUUCUAGGUUCUAUAUAUACUUCUGUUCACAUAUUGGUCUACUGAUUACAAACUUAAAUACAAAACCUUAAAAGAUAUAAAAAUCAUGCAACUGUCUUUAUUUUUAAAGAAAUUUGCUAACAUGAAUUUCGUUGAUUUAUUUGAAAGCCCUCUUCAGACCCAAAAAGCAGAAAAGAAGAACAGAAGUAGUGACGCAUUAGAUUUCGACCACCUCCAUUGAAGUGAAAAGAAAAACAUAAACAAAACCCGUACACGAGAAAAACACACAGGUUUCUGUUUUUGUCUCUUUCCGUGCUUAAUGACAGAACUCAACUUCCUCCCAACAAUCUCCGACCACUUCACGACGACAUCAACGUCACUGUCUUUCUCCUCACAUUCUCAUUUCCCCUUCUCCGUACGCAUGAACGACCAAUCACGUCCCCAAAACCUUAAAGACAAAAUCGUCGUCAUCUUAGGAGCAACCGGCGCCGGAAAAUCACGCCUCUCCGUCGAUAUCGCCACUCGUCUCCCUUCAGAGAUCAUAAACUCCGACAAAAUCCAACUCUACAAAGGACUAGAGAUCACCACCAAUCAGAUUACCAUCCCCGACCGUCGCGGCGUCCCCCACCACCUCCUCGGUUAUCUCCCCUCCGAAGACGGCGAACUCACCGCCAGAGGCUUCCGUAUCGCCGCCUCAAACGCCGUUUCCGAUAUAACCUCCCGAAAAAAGCUUCCGAUCAUCGCCGGCGGAUCUAACACAUUGGUCCACGCGCUACUCGCCGAGCGUUUCGAUCCGAAGAUCGACCCUUUCGGGUCAAGCUCAAUCUCUCGGGAGUUACGUUACAACUGCUGUUUCAUAUGGGUAGAUGUGUCGGAGACUGUGCUCUUCGAGUAUCUCUUGAAACGUGUCGACGAUAUGAUGGGCUCGGGUAUGUUCGAAGAGCUGUCCCGGUUUUACGACCCGGUGAAAGCGAGUACGACCCGGGUUGGGAUCCGGAAAGCUAUUGGUGUACCGGAGUUUGACGGUUACUUCAAAAUGUACCCACCGGAGAAGGAGGGAGAGUGGGAUUCAGGGAGGAGAGCGGCGUACGAUAAGGUGGUGGAGGAGAUCAAAGAGAACACGUUGAGGUUGGCGAAGAGACAGGUAGUGAAGAUUGAGAAGCUGAGAGAUGCAGGUUGGGAUAUUAAGAGGGUUGAUGCAACGGCGUCGUUUAGAGCGGUUUUGAUGGGAAGAAGAAGAAGAGAGUGGAGAGGGAUUUGGGAGGAGCAAGUUUUGGAGCCAAGUGUAAAGAUUGUGAAUCGGCUGUUGGUGGAAGAUUAGGAGCAAUUUUGUCAUUUACGAGUUUGAUGAGAGGUUUGAUCUCUUAUUAUUUUUCAAAUUAAUGUACAAAAAUCCCAUGUUUCAAAAAAAAAAAAUACAAAAAUCCUUUCAUUUUCCUAUGUGUUAUUUUCCAAAAUUUUUGGUCUUUGGAAUGUAAAAAAGAAAGAAAAAGGUUUUGAUCUUUAGAAAUUAGGAGUUUGUUUGUCUAGUCUGCACAAAUGUGUGUGUGUGUGUGUAUGUGGAAGCAACGGCAUGGACAGAGGAACUGAGUGUUAAGCUUUGCAUUUAGCAUCAGAACAAAACUAACCUUUUUGCUGUUUGCCUUUUUCUUUUUCUUAUUGCAAAACUCUUACUUUUUAUUUUUCUCUUCUUUUCAAACCUCAGUAUCAGGCUCUAUGCGUCAUUAUUUUCUUUUCUUGACAACAAAUAAUAUCGCGAAGGAAACUAAAAUGCCCUUUGUAUCCUGAAGCAUUUACAAUAAUAUGGUGAAAGAUAGGACUGAAACUUUUGUCUUACAAAAUCUGAAACUCUAAGCCGAUGAGUCACAAUACUCAAUAGUAUUGGAAGAACCCAAAUGCUAUCUGAUUUUCUUAUUUAGUUAAGUGAAAUAAGUCUGGGGACAACAUGAAACAAAAGAGAGGGAAAAGAUAAAACAAAUGUCCUAGAGAAUGCCAUAAAAUUCUUUGAUGUAAAUUUUCGGACUUGAUAGCCAUGACAGGUUCAGGGAGUUCGAUUCAGUGAUUAGUUGGGUACAGCCAAGCGAAAACUACAUAUUUCUAAAAGUAUUUAUAACUCAUUUUUAUUUCCUUCCUUUAUAGCAGAAUAACUUUUAAAUAAAUGUGAAUGUUUCUUCAGUGUAUUAUUCUAUUAUAGAUGAUCUCGAGGUCUAUGCCUCAGCUUGUAUCCACGCACGGCCUUGUAAGUGGAUUUGACAAUCUUUAAUGAGCAAAUGCUCUAUGAAUUUACCUUCCAACAAGGAUAGACCUCGCGAUCAGAGUUACGAGAGAAAACAAAUUACAAUUGAUUGAUUGAAAUAGAAGUUACAUGAAAUUAUUAGUGAUUUAGGCGUUGUCUAUAACAGUGUGUUAAAAGUUUUAGACAGACGACAUUUAUGCAUUAAAAAAAAAGACGACAUUUAUGCAUUAGACCUCCUAAACAAUAAUAAUUUCUUUUAUAAACCACUUAAAGUUAUAUAAUUAUAAAAUGAUAGAAAAUUUAUUAAUUUUAAACUAUGAUAAUUAGUAUUUUAAAUUUUAAAAGAAUGAAAAUAAAAUAUAUUUUUUAUUAUUUAAAGAUCAUGAUAUUAAAUAUACAUGAUAGGGUAUAUAUUUAGUAUAUUAUUAUAAUUUAUAAACCAUUAAACCGCUUAAGUAAUAAUAUAAUUAUUCAUCUAAACUUUUAGAUGAUUGGCAUUGAAUCACAGUCCGCUUAAACUUGGGGUCCGGAUGUUUACAAACCGCACUACACCGCACCGCAAUUAACAGCAAAAAAAAUAUUUUUAUAUAUAUAUAUAUAUAUCUAUAUGAUUUUUGUUAAUAUUAGGACCGUAUUGCCGUUGUUCCACAUGUUGUCAUUCAGAUCUUUAAUGUUUUUUUUUAAACACUAUUAUAUGGUCUACGAUUGUGUAGCCACUGUUAAUAGCAGUUCAUGUAAUGCAUUCGUAAUAUCUCAUGUCUUAAAUAUAUGUUUAUGAUUCUUGGGUCUUAAUUUUCAAGAUUUCUUUGUUUUAUGUUUACACUUUAUUUUGUUAUAUUAUUUGUGAUGGCAAGAUCAUGACAAUUUUGCUAGCAAAGAUGGAAAACAUCUCAUUUGAGUGGCUUAUAAGCCAACUUUUUACUCCUUACUCUGGUUCAAAUAGUAUAAAUACAAAGUCCUUUUGUUAACACUACUUAUAUUAUGAAACAUAAGGAUUAGUAUUUAAGAUACUAAAAUAAAUACAGAGUCACUAGUGUUAAAUUUUAGUUUAUAAUGAGUUUUAAUUCAAAACUAGAUUUUAAUGAAUAGACUGAUGAUUCAAAUCUAAUACAUAUUAACACUUUUUCAGAAUUUUAUGAAGGACCAUAACACACCCCUAAAGAUGAUAUUUCACCACUUGAGAUGAUAUUUUUAUCGGUUUAAAUUGAAUUGGAUCUACCUUUUCUAAACUAUUUUAUUGGUGCGACAAAUGAGAAUUUGUUACCUUAUUAAAUUUUGAUUUAUUAUGGUUUUCAAUUCAAAAUCAUUUGAUUAUAAAUGAUUUGAUUAAAAUGCUUUAAACUUUAAUAUUGAGUGUUUCAAAUUUUUGAUAUGAAAUCUUAACAAAUAAUAUAUUUUUGCAAAUCUGAUUGUGGUUUAGUGGUAGGCGAAUUUCGGUGAGCUAAGUUACACUGGUUCGAAGGGAACCCACUACAGUUUACCUUGUGACAACGCGGAUAUGAAACCAUGUUUUAGAAUUAAUUUGAAUAUCCGAAGUGUGAGUUCGUCCGUGAGCUGUAAUACUUUUUAGAGAUUAGUCUGAGCUUCUCAUAAGUCUAUAGAAUACUUCCGAGAUUUAAAAAAAAUUGCAAACCUGAGACGCAAGAAAAUAUCCGAUUCAGUCAGCCCACCAACUUACUUGAAGUCAGUUAUGACAACUAAUACUAAUCAAAACGAAAUCCUCCAAAUCUUAAAAGACAAUCUUAGAUAGAUCUUAUUCGACCAGUGAUCUCUGUAAUGAUUUGUUUGGACUUUAAACCCCAUUUUGGUGAUAGUUAUUAUAAUAGUAUUUUAACUUCAAUUAAAUCUUCUUCAUAAGAUACAUAAUGGCUGAGAGAUUCUCAUACAUCUCUCACAUGACUUUAUGUUCCACACCUACUUUGCCGUGCAUGAAUCUAAACCCUCUGACAAGAUAUACGUACGCCAUUUUACUUAUAUCUAAAUUUGGUAUUCAGUGUUUGCCUAGCACAAACUGAUGUAUAUGGUAGUUGAAGUUUGAAUAUUAUAGAUCAUGUAAUUAUUUAUUUCAUUCCAAUCCAAGAAAUGAACACAUGUACCUAGGUAACUCAUAUAUUCUUCCCCUCAUGCACAGUAGUUGUUAGAUUGUGUAUUGCCCUAGUUAAAAUUAGAGUAAAUAGUCCAUACUCCCAUAUAUUGUACUCUCUAUGUUCCUAAAAGAUUCAUAUUCUAGAGAAAACUUUUGUUUCAAAAAGAUACAUAUUUUAUAUUUUCAAUGUAAUUUUAGUCAACCAAUAAUGAGAAAUUGUGAAGUUUAAGAAAAUUAAUUGAAUUUCUUAAAAUCUUAUGGUUUAAAAAUAUAAGAAAUAUAAAAUUACAAAAAGUACGCAUUUAUAGCUAAGUUUUAAUAUGUUUUAUUAAAAAAUGUAAAAAUUCUAAAACAUUGAUCUUUUAGAAACAAAGAUCGAGUAUAUAUUAAUUCCAGUGGCUUAUAUUUAUAUACGCAAUAUAUAUAUAUAUAUAUAUUAAUCAUUGGCUUAUAUUAUAUGCGCACAUCAGUUUAUUUAUACUUCUUCUGUUUCUUAUUAAGUGUCGUUGUAGAGAAAAAUUUCUGUUGCAAAAUAAGUGUCAUUUUAGCAUUUUGAUGCAGAAUUUAUUAACUUUAUUUUCUUGUUUAUUUUUUCAUUGGUUGAAAUAUGAUUAUGUGUAUGGGUACUGAUGUUUUUAUAUCGAAAAUAUGCAAAAAUAAAUAUUUUAUUAAUCUGUGUGCACAAAUCUAAAAUGACACUUAAUUAAUAU